GUGUACUCUGCCCUCCCCCCUGGCCUCCAACAGCGAGUCUUCCAACCCGCACAUGAAAAGAACACCCGAAAAGUCAUCCUCUCAACCAACAUUGCGGAAACCUCCGUUACAGUCCCGGGCGUCCGUCACGUGGUCGACUGUGGCAAAGUCAAGACGAAGCAGUACCGGCCAAGAAUCGGUCUCGAGUCAUUGCUUGUAACUCCCAUAUCCAAGUCCUCUGCCCUCCAACGAGCCGGUCGUGCUGGCCGUGAGGCUCCGGGAAAGUGCUAUAGGCUGUAUACCGAACGGGACUUUAUACCGUUAGCAGAUACCACGGUACCGGAGAUUUUGAGGUGCGAUGUUGCGUCUUCGAUACUUGUACUCAAGGCGCGGGGGCAAGAUAAUGUGCUUGCGUUUGAUUACUUGGAUUCGCCGGGGAGGGAGGCGCUGGAGAGGGGUCUUGGGCACCUUUGUAUUCUGGGCGCACUUGAUAAUUCGGGGGGGGUUAACGAUUGGGGCGUAAAAUGGCCAAAUUGCCAUUAGUACCCGCUCUGGCAAGAGUCCUUAUAGCGGCGGCGGAGCCUGAGCUGGAUUGUCUACAUGAAGCUAUUGACAUUAUCGCUGCGCUGUCGGUAGAGAAUAUCUUGCUAACCCCAACCGGCGAUGAGAAGCGUGAGCAAAUGGAAGAAGCACGGAAGGAAUUCGACAGACGGGAGGGAGACCACAUUAUGCUCUUAACACUAGUCCGUGAAUACGAAUCCCAACCGCAGAAAAAGGCCUGGGCGGAGAAACAUUUUGUUUCCCACCGCGCAAUGCAGAACCUCCUUGUACGCCCCCACACCCCCUCCUCUAGAUCCCAGCUAACUGGGAAACAACGCUAGGACGUCCGCAAACAACUAAAGCAAUAUACCAUCCACUUCACACCUUCCUCCCCCUCGCUCACCCCAGCAGCGACGGUGACUCCAGACCUAGCAAGUCGAAUCCUGAAAUGCUUCUUAAAGGGCUUCCUUCACAACACCGCGAGGUGAGUCCAGGACGGGAGUUAUAGGACUGUCGUCGGGAAUCAGGCCGUUGCGAUUCAUCCCUCUAGCGUGCUGUUUGGGAAGAGAGUGGAGGCUAUUGUUUACCAUGAGUUUGUGUAUACCACUAGAGCAUUCGCGCGCGGGGUUUCGGCUGUAGAGAUGGGGUGGAUUGGGGAAGGGUCAGUGUGGGGUGGUUGA